AUGUCUUCCAUCCAAUCGGUGAAUCAAACAACUCGACUGAAUAUCAAUUUGCGCGAACGCUGCCGUAUGCAUGACCUUAAUGAAGCAUUUGACGAUUUGAGAGUCAUAUUACCUUAUGCCAAUGGUACAUCGGUGCGGAAAUUAUCCAAGAUUGCCACUCUCCUGUUGGCUAAGAAUCAUAUUCUAAUGCAGGCUAGUGCAAUUGAAGAAAUGCGCUGCAUAAUUCAUCAUCUCCAGCAGCAGCUCCUCAACAUUUCACUCAAUCCUCGUGAUAUUCAACCUUGA